AUGCCACAAACACCCCUGGGAGACACCACAGCGCACACAGCCUGGAAUGAGAUGCAAGCUCUUGCUACACUGCCUGACCUCGACCCCAAAACCAACAAACCACGCCGUAUAGACCUGCUUCGCGAGCUGUGGCUGCAGCGCCUUCCCUCCUCUGUAAGAGCGGCCCUACACGAAGCGGACGACUGCCACAUGGAAGACCUAAUAAGGAAGGCUGAUAAUCUCAUCAAUGCUGCCAGGGCCUCCCGCAGCCCUGACGCCAUCUGCUCUUCCCCCGCCGAGAACCUCCCCAACACCAACGCUGCCAAGUUCGCUCCCCACAGGUGGCCACUCAACAACCAGAUACGUGACCGCAAACUAGGAGCCCAUUAUCAACUACCGCCCCAUGGAAUGUGCCACUACCACUUCAAGUUUGGAGCAGGGGCUCGAAAAUGCACCCCUGUCUGCCAGUGGCCAAAAAACGUGUAACAAGGCCACCGUUUCCCUCGACGGUGGCCUCUCAAGACCCGAACAUCCAUGCACUGGGACCACCAGGUGCAGGAUUCUUCAUCACCGAUGUCUUAUCUGGCCGGAAGUUUCUAGUGGAUACCGACGCUUUCCGUUCCCUAUUCCCAGCCACAACAGAGGAUAGGAAGCUUCCCUUGAAGAAACCACCAAACAUCAAGCUCAUUGCUGCCAACAGAAGCAACAUUCCAAUCUACGGCACCUGAACCAUCCCUAUUCAAGCAGCCGAACGCAGCUUCUCCUGGGAGUUCAUCAUCGCCGACGUCAAAACGCCUCUCCUGGGAGCAGAUUUCCUGAGCCACCAUGGAUUACUCGUCGACGUCGCCAACCGCAGACUGUUGGACGUAGCUACCUUCCACUCAACACCUCUCGGCUCCCAUCGCCGCUGCACACAAAUCUGCUCCGUGAGAACAGACACCCCCUACGACACCCUCUACCAGGAGUUCCCCGGAGUCUUCCGACCAGAGCUACGCCAGCAGCCCGGUCAGCCAGCAAAACAUGGUAUCUUCCACUACAUCAAGACAACAGGCCCUCCGGUACACUCCAGGUUUAGACGUCUGUCCCCAGAAAAACUUCAGGCAGCAAAGCAAGCUUAUGCUGACAUGGAACGGAUGGGUGUUUGUCAAAAAGCAUCGAGUCCAUGGGCAUCCCCUCUUCACCUUGUCAAAAAAGCCGAUGGAACCUGGCGGCCCUGUGGCGAUUACAGGUGCCUCAAUCUCGUCACUGAACCAGACCACUACCCCCUUCCUAACAUGGCAGACCUUAUUUCCAACCUGCAUGGGGCCAAGAUUUUUUCUAAGCUUGACCUCCUGAAAGGCUACUUUCAAGUUCCAGUACACCCCGAAGAUGUACCCAAGACAGCAAUCAUUACACCGUUCGGGACCUACACUUUCAAUUACUCCACUUUUGGCCUCCGGAAUUCAGGAGCUACCUUUCAACGGCUGAUGGAUGGCAUCCUCGGAGACCUUCCCUUCUGUGCCUGCUACAUGGACGACAUCCUAAUUUCCUCCAAGAACUCCGAAGAACACCUUCAGCAUCUCCGGGUCGUGUUGCAGUGACUCCGGGAUAAUGGCCUUGUAGCGCGCCAGGACAAGUGUCUCUUCGGUGUUACAUCUGUGGAGUUCCUUGGGCACAAGAUAUCACUGGCUGGUGUUGCCCCCCUUCCAAGCAAGGUAGACGCCAUUUCAAAAUUCCCUCAUCCUACCACCAUCAAGGGACUCCAAGAAUUCGUCGGCAUGGUAAACUACUACCACCGCUUCCUCCUGAAGAUUGCUCACACCAUGGAACCACUGUACAGUUCUCUUGCCAGCAAACCGAAGAAGCUGGAAUGGGAUUCGAAGCAACAAAAGGCUUUUGAGGAUACGAAGACCGCUCUCGCAUCA